UAAAUUUUGUGUACAAAUGUGUAAAGCAUUCAAUAAAAUAAGCAUUUGAGACCCAAGUGCUCGUCUCUCACGAAACCCCUGACUUCAGAUUGCACUCUUGUCCAUACUUCUUUCAAGUGGUUCAACCAGUUGAACAGCAAAGUAGACAUGGAGCAGCAAUUGGCCCGCCUGCCCAAUCUGAAGGCCGACUUUCGUGUGUUUGCUUUCGUAUUCUUCUUCGUUUCCGCCUAUGCUCAGAUAUCGAUUCCGGCGAAGCAGAUGGGGUUCUGGUACGAGCAUAGAGCCGCCGGAGUUGAUUCCGUACUGAUCGAGGCGUUCAUGGACCCGGUCUGCCCGGAUAGCCGAGACUCGUGGCCCCCACUCAAACAAGCCCUCCAACACUACGGUUCUCGCAUCUCUCUUGCUGUCCACCCCUUCCCUUUGCCUUACCAUGACAACUCGUUUCUUUGCUCCAGAGCUUUGCAUAUUGUCAAUAAUUUAAAUGGUUCUGCAACAUACAGAUUAUUGGAACAUUUCUUUGAAUAUCAGGAGGAUUUUUACAACAAAGCAACAUUCAACUUGUCUAGGAAAUCAAUUGUGGCUCGUGUGGCCGAGUUUGCAGCCAAGGCAGUAGGGAGCUCAUUAUAUGAUGAAAUUAAAUCUGGAUUUAGCAACACUGCUUCUGAUCAGGCAACAAGGUUUUCCUUCAAGUAUGGUUGUGUCAAAGGGGUUUAUGGGACACCUUUUUUCUUUCUCAAUGGCUUUCCAUUGCCUGAUGCUGGCUCGGCUUUAACAUACAAAGAUUGGAGAGGCAUCAUUGAUCCACUGGUCAGCGAGCCUGAGACGAUGGUGAAACCUUCACAUUUCUUAUUGUGAAAUCACUGAAUUGUUUAUGUUCUGAAUCACUCACUGUGCAUCUAUCCUUUCUCAUGCACUUAUUCGAUAUAUCUUCUGUAGUGGUUGUUUCGUUUCGUUUUGUUUUGUUUUAAACUUAGAGCCCGUUUGGUAGCACCAAAAUCGGCUGUUUUGGCUGAUUCUGCUGAAAUUUAUGAUAUUCUGGCUGGAGUGGCUGUUUUGGCUGAUUCUGCUGAUUUAAGAAAAAAAUAUUUUAAAAAUAUAUUUUAUUAAUAAAUUAAAGAAAAAAUUAUAUGUAAAAAAUAGCUAAAAUGGUCCUCUACAGUAACUUCAGCCAAUACAGCCAGAAAAGUAACUCCAACCUUACUUUUUCGGCUUAUUACACAAUUCAGCGCGCGAAAGUAAAAGUUACGUGUUUGGUGAAAAAGUUGGCUGAUAAGCCUGAUAAGCCGAAAACAGAGUUCUCCAAACGGGCUCUUAAUGGUAAAUAAAUGGGCAAUAUAAUCUACAAAUAAAAUCAUUUGCUGUAAAGUGCUGGAGAAAUGAAUACCCAAAUGAUCUCAUUAAUAAAAAAAUGUGCUGCUUUUUAGCCGUGUUUUGAAACAUUCCAGCUCAACCGGUUGGACUGAUAACUGUAGAUAGAACUCCAUAGAGUCAGCUUUUUAGCCUUGUCUGUUAUUUCCCUUUCUGUUUCUUUUUUAGUAAUUGUGUUGCCAGAACAGUCAACUAAUAUAGCUGUGCUUCACCCAUUAUGCUUGUGAAAACAAUCAUGUUUUUUUCAUACAUUCAUUAGACACAUGCG